AUGUCUUCUCAGAUCGAUACUACGCAUUAUCCGGGGAACAUCAUCAAUAACCAGUUCGUGCCCUCCGCGAGGACCCGUCACUCCACCAACCCUUCCACCGGCGAGCCCUUAUAUGAGGUGCCCUGGGCUACAGAGGAAGAUGUCGACCGCGCCGUAGAGCACGCCCGUACUGCCUUCAAGUCGUGGUCCCGGCUUCCGUUCCAGGAGCGUUCGCGGCUUCUGGUCGCGUAUGCGGAUGCCGUGGAGGCAGAGCGUGCGCCAUUGGCGAAACUGCUGGUCCUGGAACAGGGUAAGCCUCUGAGCCUGGCCCAGACGGAGCUCGACAUGAGCGUGCAGUGGUUGCGCACAUUUGUGACAAUGGAGGUCAAGGACGAGCUCCUGGACGAUAACGAGGAGCGCUCUAUCACCCAGACCUUUCCGCCGCUGGGCGUGUGCUGCGGCAUCGUUCCCUGGAACUGGCCGGUCCUGCUCGCCCUGGGCAAGGUCGGCCCAGCCCUCAUCACCGGGAAUACUAUGAUCAUCAAGCCGUCCCCGUACACGCCUUACUGCGAUCUGAAGCUCGGCGAAAUUGGCAUGCGCAUCUUCCCGCCGGGUGUCCUCCAGGUGCUCAGCGGCGGCGACGAGCUGGGUCCGAUACUUACGCAGCAUCCUGGCAUUGAUAAGAUUACAUUUACAGGGUCGAGCGCUACGGGGAAGCUGGUCAUGCAGAGCUGCGCCAAAACACUGAAACGCGUGACUCUGGAGCUCGGGGGCAACGACCCGGCUAUCAUCUGUGAGGAUGUUGAUAUCGAUGCUAUUGUGCCCAAGAUCACCAGUCUCGCGUUCCUCAACUCCGGCCAGAUCUGUAUGCUCAUUAAACGGGUAUACAUCCACGAGAGUAUCUACGAUGCCUUUCGUGACGCUAUGGUCGCGUUUGCAAAGUCGAUCAAGACCGCAGACGGGUUUGAGCCAGACGCGUUCGUCGGGCCGAUCCAGAACAGCAUGCAGUACGAAAAAGUCAAAGACAUGUACUCUGAGAUCGGAAAGCGCAACUGGAAACAGGCUCUCGAGGGCAAGGUAUUCGAGAACUCCAAGGGCUAUUACAUCAGCCCUGCCAUCAUUGACAACCCUCCUGAAGAUUCGCGUAUCGUCCUCGAGGAGCCCUUCGGCCCCAUCGUUCCUCUUCUCAAAUGGUCUGACGAGGAGGAUGUGAUUGCACGCGCCAACAGCCUGAAAGACGGGCUAGGUGCCUCCGUCUGGAGCAAGGAUCUCGAUCGGGCGGAGCGAAUCGGCAGGCAACUGUCUGCCGGCAGCGUUUGGCUCAACUCGCACUUUGAUGUCGCUCCGAACGUUCCAUUCGGCGGGCAUAAAUGGAGCGGCCUCGGCAGUGAAUGGGGCAUGACCGGCUUGAAGCAGUAUUGCAAUUCCACCUCGCUUUGGAAGUGGAAGAAGGUCAUGUAG